AUGGACUCUUGUACUCAGGGUGAAUUCGGUGUGGCGCAAAAAACUCGGCGCUUUGAGCAGACCGAUGGCGACGAGUUGGUUCAACAAUUUUGGUUCAUGCCACAGAAGCAGUCUGUGGUCAGUACAAAACUGCAGCAGUCGUUUCCGUUUUCCGGACGUCUCGAGCGAUGGGAUGAACACUUCAAAGAACAGUUUAACUGGUUUUCUUCAACACAACUGCUGGAAGAAUCCAGUGGACCUGAAUGGAACAUCGACACCAACCCGUCGUCAACAACAGAAUCCCAGCAUGAAAUAUCGAUACUCAAGCGCGACAAGCCUCCUGGUCCGGAUGGCCUACACUCCGCCCUGUUCAAAGAAGGGACCCUAGUCUUGGCAACGCUUCAACUGUAUUUGACUGCAAACGUUGACAGCCCGCCGUCGCGCUGCUGCAUGGAUAGUACUGUUGAAACAGUGGAUUGUGAUUCGCAAAGCGUACACGUCAAAUCCUGUCUAGUUCGUCGACCGUCCAGUUCAACAGGCCCGAAAUACGCUAGUCUAUUAACGACGCACACCACCUUGUCGUUUGAUUCACCCGCCAGUCUGUACCAGAAUCGUGACCACAGCGGGUGCUUGAGCGAUCCAUUUCCGUUUACAAACGUCAAAUCGUGCUGUUCUACCGCUAAUCGAGGCUUCUCCUCCCCUCCCAAAGGAACUCCGCUCGCCUCACUCGAACCACGACGCCGCCACUCACACAUGGAAUUGCUUAGCUUCAAACGCUCCAGUCAGUCACGAAGCCCUCCUCCCCCGGUGGAUGUGGUUAAUGCGAUCAGUGAUAAUUCGGUUCGGAAUAUGAUUGCUAGCGAAGAGGAUGAGGAAUUAAGCGACCAACUGCACCAUGUAAACUGCAGUCCGGAUGGACAUCAACUAAAUGGUGAUCUGCAAAGUCCAAUCGAUGCACCACCGUUAGCCCAAGCUGUGGUCGCUGCCCUUAAACAUCAGCAUAGUGCGUUCCGUUCUACAACGACUACCACCACCUCAACUGCAUCUUCCUCUCGCUUCUCACCAAGCUAUCUGUCGGACGAUAAUGAGGAUGAUGGCGAGGCAAAUGACGGCGAGUAUGAAGACGCUGACGACGGUGAGGUUGAGAGUGACGUUGAGGAGCUCCUUGAUCCUGACCUGGUUACCCGCUCCAUGGAACUUGCUGAUCGUGUGGCCCUCGUCACCGACGAAACUAAAUCCAUUGAACUGGAUGCCGAGAGUGGCUAUGGUGCCUCGUGUUCGUCCUCAUCCACCCGUCUUUGCCGUUCAAGUCUCAGACGAGAUAAACGUCGAUGUAAGCGUCGCAUUCAACGGAAGGCGAAUGCCGGGACAAAUACCGUCAAUGUUCUUCGCUCGGUGACCGUUGACGACCCUCAGCAGCACUCUUCUGUACAACAUCCUUCCCCCAACAUUACUCCCAAUAUUGGUACCGUUGAGCCUACAAGCGAUUCAGUCUGCGCCAGCGAGUCUCGUCGGAAUGCCGGUCGGAAUAUCGUCACCAGGCACAAAAGAAACAGGGUACGGAUUCUAGACGAUAGUAGUCCUAAACUGAGGAGUGCAAAACCUUUUCAAAGAACUGCUAGGCGUUCACAUGACUCGCUCAAUGGAUUCCACUCGUGCACAGAAGAUACCAGGUCCGAAAUGGCUGGCGAGGAUCCCAUUCACCUUCUAGAUCCGCGAGAUUCUGGUAUUGUGCUCGACUCCUCCUGUCUACGAUCCGCGAUGUCGUCUCACUCUAACCUAUACCGUACUUCUCAUAGAUAUUCUUUGGAUGAAAACAUUGUUUCUCCGUUCUCAGUUACAAAUUUCAGCCGGAUUCCGGUUGAUCGAUCCCAUGCAAACGCAGAUGAAUCCCAGUUCCUAGGGAUUCCUGAUAGCUCUUCUCCGAAUCCAGAUUUGCCUGGCGUUGGGCUGGCGCCAGGAGCUGCGAUGCCCCCGCCUGCUGAUGCGGUUCCAACUGCUUCGAUACUGGUAUCAGCUAAUUCACAAACACCUAAUGUCACAAAUCCGGCAACCUACCAAAUGCCCUUGAUUUUUUCGCAUCGUUAUCCUCCUGUGACUGUGUAUAAUGAUGCUUCUUGGCACGGUCACUAUCAUCCGGCUAUUCCCAACAUUCCCUUUGUCGAAAACCCGGAUAUUGAACAGAGUCAAUGCAGGCGAGGCAACUUACCAGCCCGGCCACAAGCAAGCGGAUGCUCCGUGGGCUCCACUGUUGCCAGUCCUUCACAUCCAGCCUUGAUUUCAAACUCUUCACCUAAUGAAAGGAUUUAUGCAUUGUCUCCCGCCCAUACGGAUCCGGGCGUGCCUGUCACAACCGGCUUCUCUGGUUUUAAUCCACCGGAACAUAUCCGGGUGCCUAGGAACCCUGAGUUUCUAAACGACGCCGCCCCUAGUGGCUGUUCACAGUCUCGUCCUACCGGACACAGGCACGAUCACCCUAUCUCUGUUGGAAACAACUGUCAUGCAAACGGUGGGUUCCAUCACUCUCCAAUCACCUGUCCUGGUCACUACUGUCGACACCAUCAUCACCUUGCCCCAUGUGCGGGCUUCCACUAUCAUCAACCCUGUCCAGUGCAUAAUGGCGAUGCAGCAGUCCAUCGUGCGCUCGCAGACAAUGGUAGCGUGCCAGACGCUUCGCACACAGAACCCGUGGUGAACGGAAAAAAGCAUGAAAACUUGUCUCGACCGAUUUUUGGCUCUCGGUCCAGAAGCCAGGCUGGCUCUCCUCCACCCACAAGGCCCAACAAAUUGCCGUCUACUGUACACAUGUUUGGCACAUGUCUAAGCGACUCACCACAACACGGGCGCAGUCAGUCAGCCAUGGAGCAACGUCGAUAUUCCGCUCCAGCCGAGCCGUUUUACGAGGUUAAUUUGGCUUCUCCCCCGAAUUCCCUGUCUUCUGGUGCCCAAGAUGUUCCACGACGUGUCAGCCUCGUAGUUGACAAUGUGCGCUUCCUAAUUGACGUGGAUCGUUUACGAGCCCAUCCGGAUACCAUGCUGGGGCGAAUGUUUGGAUCCAGCUUCUCAGAAUCCUCUCGCCUUUAUCGUGUUCAUUCACCGGACUUCACUGGACAGGAGCACGAAGACUCUGACUCCAAGGAUAAUUCACCACAAAGGCAAUAUACCACAGAACGGUCACAGUUACUUAGACAUCCACCUGAUAUUCUGCUGGCUCAGAACUCGAACAUCUCCGCUCAACUGUUCAGAGCUAUUCUGGAUUACUAUCUUCUCGGUUACAUGCUAUGUCCACCAGGAGUUUCUGUGCAAGAACUCAAAGAAACUUGUGACUACUUCAUGAUUCCGUUCAACCACCGAACUGUUCGAUGCAGUAAUCUCCGUGCUUUUUUGCAUGAACUGUCGAACGAUGGUGCACACACGAUUUUUGAACGGUUCCUCGAGGCUCAUAUUCUCUCACUCCUGGUCAAGUGUGCUCAGCUUGGUGAGCGAGAAUGUCACGUAGUCAUUGUGACCGAUGAGGAGACCAUAGACUGGGAUCCGGACUAUCCUCCGCAAAUGCCUGAGAACGAACUACAUUCCCACAUCAUUUAUAGCACUCAGAUGUUCCGUUUUCUUAAAUACAUUGAGAAUCGUGAAGUUGCUAAACAAGUGCUACUGGAACGCGGACUGAAAAAGAUCAGGAUCGGGAUUGAAGGUUAUCCCACGUGCAAGGAUCGCGUCAAAUUCCGUCCUGGUGUACGCCCCGAGGCCAUUUACAACUACGUUCAAUGCCCAUUCCUUCGUAUGUCCUGGGAAGAGGAGGAGAACAAGUCACGGCAUGUGGAUUUUCAGUGUGUGAAAAGCAAAUCGGUCAGCGAUUUGACUAGCGGGCUUGAACAGGCCGUAGUCGAUCCUCUUCCCCCUCAUUUAGCCCGUUCUCCUUUGAAUCAGCUGCGGGUAACGUCACCCCCGAAUGAUCCAAGUACCGGCCUGUCUAAUUUUGGAACUCAAGUGGACUUGCUGGAAUCGGACGGUGUGUUAGCGGUGGAUAUCGCACAGGAGAAUAGUCCUUCUCUUCCAACUGCAGAAUCUGCUAGUCCAGCCCUUCCUGAUGGUGAGCAGUCUCCAGCCCCAGCACAUUCAGCGCCUGAUUCUAGCCUAUCUUCAAAUGAGCGAUUCCAACAGGAUGAUAGCAGUAUAGCAUAAUCAAUAUCUUUCUGUUGCCUCGCCUCUUUCGAGCUGGUUGACUGUUGAUUUACUUGACCUCUGUACUAAUCGGGUAUCAAACCACGCUCACGUUACUUCCAACGCUAAUGUUGGUCUCGUGCAAUCUGACCUCCCUAGGUAUGAUUUACCCGAACUGCUCGCUGUUAUCCGCUCGUGCGAAACCUCCCCGUUCUGUGCAUACAAUCUGUGAUAUUUUGGUUGCCUCUCUCUCUAUGCGUCCGUUGCCCUGACUGUAUUUAUGGCUCGUGUUGCGAAUCCUCUGUUUCCUUUCCCGACAUUCAUUAGCAUACUUCACCAACGUACUUCAUUGUUUGUGCAUAGACUCACACCAUGUAUCCCAGCUUACACACACACUAUGAUAUUGUGGGCUGCGUUUCUUUUUCCCCACGUUUACCCUCACUUAGCUUCCUGACGAUGUUCACCUCGUAGGUUGUCGCAUACCCUCGAAUCGCCUCGUACAGCUGUUUUUCUGAGUUGUCGAGCUGAACCCUUCCAUAUAUCUGCUUCCAUUCUUAUUUCCCGUUACUCAUCUCGUGGUGCCAACUGCCUUUGUGCAUGCUCUCUGUCUCCGUAUAUGGUGCACUAUAUGUACGUUUUGUUCACGAACUGACGAGCUAUGCAACUGUUGGUUCUGAUCUGACCAGUCUUUGGGUGAGGGCAUUUUAUCACCUGUAUGCGAUCUGCGGGCAUCACGCCGCUAUGUGUUAUCUUG